AGGCCAAAACUUCCUCCGGGACCAGAAGUGAGGAGGCUUUAGUGCCCAUCAGAGCGAAGAGCAAAACGAGAAGACAGCACACACACUGACACACACACACACGCAUACACACACUCACACACAUACACACACUCACACACACACACACACACAGUGAGGUGGAACAUCCAAACUCUUGAAAGCUUUUUUUCUGUGUCUUGUCAUCCCGCACGGAUUUACUUUCUCACCACGGAUCCGCAGGCGGAGAGCGUGUUUUGCCCCGUGCCCUUACAUUUCUUUAAACGAGAAAUGGAAGAGAGCUCGAGCUCCCCCGUGUCUCCGGUGGACAGUCUCGGGACCAGCGAGGAGGAGCUGGAGCGCCAGCAGCAGCAGCAGCAGCAGCACAGGCGCUUCGCCCGGAAGAGGAGACCGAGUAAAAAGUCCAGCGAGGAGGACAGCUCUGGAGGAAGCCCCGGCUCUGCUAAACGGAGCAAGAAGGCGAGUCCGAGCCGAGCGCAGUCCUACGAGGAGCUGCAGAAUCAGCGCGUGCUGGCCAACGUGCGCGAGCGCCAGAGGACUCAGUCUCUGAACGAGGCGUUCGCGUCUCUGCGCAAGAUCAUCCCGACCCUGCCCUCCGACAAGCUGAGCAAGAUCCAGACGCUCAAACUGGCUUCCCGCUACAUCGACUUCCUCUAUCAGGUGCUGCAGAGCGACGAGAUGGACAGCAAGAUGUCCAGCUGCAGCUACGUCGCGCACGAGAGACUCAGUUACGCCUUCUCAGUGUGGCGGAUGGAGGGCGCGUGGUCCAUGUCCGCCUCGCACUAGCGACGGCCAACAGCGCGAGACACCACUGCCACACGGACUGUUUACUUCCACUAUUUCUGAAGACACCAAAGGAUUUAUUGAAGAACCCGUGAAGCUUCAUGCCAUGACCAAAGACACAAUCUGAGCUCCAUAAUAUGGACUGAAAGUGCUGAUGAAGCCCAGAGUCAGGGAAAGCUCCACUUCACCUCCACAGAGAGAGAGAGAGAAAAGCAGAGCAUAUCUGAUACUUAUUCAUUUCCACAAUUUAGACCUAAACGUCCUUAUGGUGAUAGUAAAGGAAAGCCAUCUUCUAUCUUUAAUGAAACUAUAUUUCCCCUUGAAAUAGAAGAGUUUAUAUAUAUAUAUAUAUAUAUAGAUGUAUAUGAUUUUUUUUGGUAAAGUAUUGUACAUAAUGCUACCUGUGAGUUUGGUCAGUUUUUAAGGGGACCAGUACGAUUUAGAGUAAUAGUUUCCUGCAUGGAUUACUGCCUUUUUUACAUUUAAAACAAAGAAACAAAAAAAUCUUUUGUUCUAUGCAAGAAUUUCAAUUUCCGUCCAUUAAAUUGUGCUUAUUUAUUAAAACAUAUUUUUUGAACAAGUA